GUUGACAGCGGAAGUAGUUUGGUUCAAGUCGGUUCAGCUCACACCGGGUCCGGAGUUUCAGGAGCUAAGCCUACAUCGCAGUGCGGGUCCAGCAGCAUCACAAACAGAUGGACGACAAACUAUCAGAGGAGGAUGGACAGACGUUACAAGUGCCCAAAGAGGAGGAGAUGGAGGUUACCGUGUCAACACAACUAGAAAAUCUCAUCGUCACCUCUGACGAGGCAGACGCGGCAUCAAAUACACCAACGCAGGCAGAGGGAACGGGAGAUGUUCUUACAGCAGCCGCAGCGCUUCCUUUAGACGUUGUGUGUAAGAAAGAGGACUGUGACGACGACGAUUCAGAGGAUUCAGACAGUGACAGUUCUUCCUCUUCCUCCUCCUCUUCCUCUUCUUCCUCAUCCUCCUCUUCUCCCUCUGCCCUCGUGUUCGGGGAUGAUGACGACGACGAGGGUUUCAGCCAACCAGCGCCCAUCAAAACCAGAGAUGAAAUUCUGCUCGAGGAGCUGCCAGCGGUGGAGGAGGUGUGUGUGUCCUUACCAGAAGAUGCAGAACUGCAGCCUGUAGGAACAGUCUCCAGUAUUAUACAGCAACUUGUCAUCAUCCAGUCUCUGAAAGACACGCCCCCUCUGAAUGAUGACAGCAUCAUCUUUAGAUCUGAUAGGCUGGCUCUGGGCAAGGUGUUUGAGGUGUUUGGCCCAGUGUCCAGUCCGCUCUAUAUUUUGCGUUUUAACUCUGUGGACCAGAUAAGCAGCAAGGGGCUGACAGAGGGAGUGACAGUUUAUUAUGCACCAGCCAUCAAAGAGUACACAGGAUACAUUCUCACGCAACAACUCAAACUUUUAAAGGGAUCUGAUGCAUCCUGGAAGAACGACCAAGAACCACCAGUGGAGGCUUUAGAUUAUAGUGAUGACGAGAAAGAGCAGCAAGCGAAGAGGAAAGUGAAAAACUCCAAAAAGAAGAGGGACAAUAACGGCACAGAUAAUCCCGCCCACAUUACCCAGAACACCUUGCCGCCGCAGCAGGAGCGUGACGUCAGGAAUUUCCCACCAAGACAAGCAGGGGCUCCAUUCAGGCACCAGAGCCCGAGGAAUAAACCCCCAAUGUUCAGACACACACACACUCCACCCAGACACGCACCCCCACCACCUAGACACACAUAUGUCCCUCCCAUGUACCUCCCCCCUCCGUGCCCUUACCCUCCAGCACUUCAACCUUUUCCCCCACCCAACUUUCCGCUCUACCCGCCUCCUCCACCUUCUUUCUUUAACCCAUCUUUCUCUUCUCCUUUCUGGCCACCAAACUCUAUCCCCUUCUCUGACCUCCCUCCUCCCCCACCACCUCCUCCUCCACCUCCUCCUCCACCUCAGUGAUGCCCCCGCACACCCUCUGCACAUGUACACUCACCAGAGAGUUCCUGCUGACACAGCUGUCAAAUGCCACACACAUGGACUGAAACACCGGAGAAGUAACAGGCUGCCAUUCGUUGUGAAGUGAACCUUGAACCGCUCAAGACCCAAGAGGCACUCAACGGCACAACGUUAUGCAAGCCAGUCACGCUGGUUUUGCUUUUCUCAUUUCGGUUUGGUGUCGUCAUUUGACAGCUAAGUUGACCGACAGGAUAUUUAUGGAAAGCGUGAUGAAUUGUUUUACCUUUUUAUGUUUUUGGUAAAACUCCACUUGAUGGCAGAAUUGUGUGCAUUCUAAGCACAGUAUGAGAGUAAAUCUAAUUAAAUCCACUUGUUGUGCAUCACAGUGGACUUAGUUCUUCUGGCCAAAUAUAUGUGAGAGACUCGUAUAUACACAACGGACAUUUGGCUUAUUAUUGAUUAUGUGAGAAAUAAAAUGUCAAUAGUUGGCACUGAAUUUUAUUUUUGUAUUUAUAACAAUAUUUUGUGUAGACUUACAUGUAUUGUCUAUACACAAAAUAGUUAUGAUGGAAAACAUACUACUAUAUUCAGAGUUAAACACUCAGGCUUCAUUCCUUCAAAUGUAUCCCAGUGUGUUCUGGUCCUGUCUUACCUCUAAGUUCCUGUUGCCUUCAUACAGUUAUGUCUGCAAAGAAUGGAAGAGCAAUAUGAUGAUUUUAAGGUUUGAAAAAAAAGAUUAUGGAAAACUUAUCUUUUCCAUAAUAAUGGAUCUGUUCAGUCAAGAUUCAGAUACACCUACACAUGUUGUAGACCUUUAAAGACUUCAUGUGCUCUGGCAUUUGUUUAAAAUAAUGAAUUGGUGUAAAAGUGAUGGGAUUCUUGGACUGAAGGCUGAUUCCCACACAAAUACUUGUUGUUUUUUUUUGUUUUUUUACUGGCUAGAAAUCAGCUCUGACAAGUCAUUGUCACUCAUGAUAGUGUAUUUGUACCUGAAUGCUUUGUAAAUGUCAACGCCAUUUGAUGAUCUGCGUCACUGGAGAAUAAAUGUUUUUGUUGUAGAACAACGUUACACUUGUUAUGUAAA